AUGUCGGCAAGCAAACGCAUUUCCACCCCGAGCCGUAUCCCCCGGAAUUCCCUCAAUACUCCUCGGCCACCGCCGUCAGAUUCCCCAGGACAUACGUCCACUUUCAAGUCGCUGUCAUUUCGGUCUUUACUGCCAUUUGGACCGAAUAAGUCCACUACACAUAUUAGUCCUACUGUUACACCCAAGUCGAGCACAGGUUCUAAUGGUACUGGCUGGCACGGAGGAUUCGGGAGAGGAAAGGGUAAUGUCAGUGGGGUCAAAGAAGGAGGACAGGAGAGGAAGAUGAGCUUUGGGAGGGUCAUGGUCAUUGACAUUGGUCAUACCAACAAAGAGAAGGAGUCAGUCGCAGUCGAACCGUCUGCUCCGACAUCACCCCUUCCCGACUUGUCUACGAUAAUAGAGGCAGACACGUCUGGCAUCAGUAUAAGUAAACAUCUGCCACCUGUUUCUGUCCCAGAUACCCCCCAAGAUGAAUCCAAGCUCCCCGACUUGGAGUUUUCGAUACCCGACGACGAGCUCGACUUGUCCACCUCGCACAUAGGUGCGCAGGUACGCGAGGCCAUGGCCUCUGGAGCUGGCUGGGGAAAGACCAAAAUAACCAGCUUGGAUGACGUGAAAGUCGAAGACAGCUUCGAUCUUGAUAAAGAGGUUGCUAAGUUAAUAGAGGGGGACGAGAAGCAGGGUCAGGAUGAAGAGAGCUUCAACUUGGACCAAGAAGUCGCUAAACUCCUGGAUGCGAAGCGACCUUCAGAUUCCGUUAAUGGUCUGGACACGAGCAAAACGGUCAUUUCUCCGUCACCUGAUCGUACCGCAGAAUCGUUGUUGCCACUUGCGCGACGUCCCCAGUCAUCACUACCACGACUUAGACCCAUGACAUCGCCUGUCAUGGUACAGAGCAUUUUUAACAGGGAAAGCAGGGAGAUUUCAACAGCCAGAGAGAACUCUCCCGCACGAACAUCGAUAUCCACCAGUUCAUCAAGGCACAUACCUUCCUUUGAACACCAUGAAUUUCCUAGUCAUCCCUCGCAUAUACACCAUUCAAUGAAGCUUCCACCCUCACCAUUGUCGUCAACCAGCACACCGCCCCCCUUGAAGCCCAAGGCGACGGCGCGUCCGCCAAGUGCACACACGCGUUUAAGGCCGAGCGUUGACAUCCCUCGGACGUCCAUCGACACGCCGUCUGUGAGAUCGCGAAAGCGGAGCGUGAGCACCACCGGUACGGAGCCUAGACGAGAAAGGCCAGGGAGUAGUAUGUCCUCCUCCCCUUCUCAUCCAUGGCUAGGUCCGCGUACGGAGAAAGCCUUCAAAGCUGCUGGGUUACUCGAUUUUGACAAAGACCCGGGAUUGAAACGCUACACCUCCUUGAGGGGGGACAGCCAUCCGGGCAGCAGUAGGCGGGGAAGUGAGACUACUACAUACAGUCGCGCGAGCGAUACCUUGGACAGUCCGUAUCAUGCACAUGGGCGCGAUACCCCUCGGAGCGUUAGUACCGCACCGACAUCCAUAAGCGACGUCGAGUCCGAGCGGAUGCGAGAGAAACACGAGAUGGAGACAAGCGCGUUGCUUGGUGCACUGAGCGACUCGCAGCGGCUAGUGAAGGUGUUAAGGGAGGAAAACGCUGAACUGAGGGAGCGGCUCGCGGACCGAGACGCCGAACGGAAUGAGCUGAUUGCCGAACGGCGGGAGUUUGAGGAGCGGCUGAGUGAGCGAUUAGACCUAGCAGACCGUGUGGGCGAGUUGGAGGAGGAGAACGCUGCUUUGCGGAGUUUCGUAGAUGGCCUUAGAAGAGAGGUGGCGGCGUGGGAGAGGAAGGCGGCAUUUACCAAGGUCAGCUUCGAUGCUGACGGCGAUGUCAGUUCGAUAUCACGAGCGGGGAACAGUAGACUCGAUCCGGAUGACUGUGUACAUUUCGAUCCGGAUAUCGGCGUGCGCCUAGACCCCGACGUUGAGGAGGAAGAGGACCUGACUGCGAGGAUCAGAAAGCGGGUUAGCACCGCGUCGAGUCUAUUCCCCAUUUUGCCGUCGAACAUGUCGAUGCUGAUGGCCGAGGAUGGAGCAGAUGUUGGGUCAUCAUCCUUGUUGAACCACCAAUCUUAUCAGCACUCACGGAAGGAUUCGCAGGGUGACCAGUCGAUGAUCACCUUGUCUUCAGGUCCUGGAAGUCCACGCAGUCUGUUCCUGAAGCCGGAGGAUGAGGACCAUUUGGUUGACAUGGACAAUAUCAGCUUUGGGCCAGAUGCAGCGGCUUUGCCCAGACAUUAA